AUGGACGAGAUGUAUGCCGAGGGCCGCGAGUCGGCCAAGGGCCUGCUCCUUCAGGUGAUGCAGAGCAACAAGCCGGCGCGGUUCACCAUCGAGAGCCUCGAGGCCGCCCAGAAGGAGUACGACGACACGAAGGCCGCCGCUGAGGCCGAACGCGCAGCCGAGGUGGCGCGGCUGAGGCAGGUCGAGAUUGACGCCGCGACGGCCCUCGAGAAGGAGAAGGCCAGGUCGGCCAUCCGGGAGGCCGAGCUGCAGGCCGAGGUCAAGUUGGCGACAGCACGCGCCGAACUCGAGGCCAAACUGCGUGGCGAAGCCGAGGAGAGGCUUCGCAACGCCCCUACGCCGCAGCAGCUGAUUACUAAGGGCGGAGGCUCAGUGUGCAAGAAGCGGGGAGCGGAUGGUACAUGCGUGUAA